AUGAUGCGAGCCAGUGUUAUUUUUUUAUUCUAUUUUGCAAUUUUUGUUCACUGUCGUAAUCCCGUUUAUUUGGAAAAUAAUGGAUACGGCACAGUACUGGUGGCGAUACAUGAAAGCAUUGAGGAAGAUCCUCUGUUGAUUGAGCGAAUCAAGGAAAUAUUUACAAGCGCAUCUUCACAUCUUCAUGUUGCCACUAAAUACUACACGUACUAUGACAGUAUAACAAUCCUCAUACCAAAGACUUGGAGCGAUGACCUGAAACAAGCUGCAGCGACUACGGAAAGAUUUGAUCUGGCUAACUUCAUAGUAGACCAACCGAGUUCAAUUCACGGCAAUAACCCUUAUACGAAACAGUUUCUUAAAUGUGGAGAACCGGGGUUGUAUGUUCAUCUGACGGAACGGUGGAUCAAAGACGAGGAGUACAGCUGGGCUUUUUGGGGUGACCCAGGAAAGGUGAUUGUACACGAAUGGGCCCACUUACGAUGGGGUGUGUAUGAUGAGUACCCUACACAAGAUAACGAGCAUUUCUAUUAUGACGAGAACGGUCACGUGCAACCAACCAGAUGUUCCGAGGCAGUAACUGGUCAAUCGUUUGAUAUAUACAGCAGAGGGAAAGAGUGUAACACAAACCCAUCAGACGGCGUCAUGCCGAGUUCUGGAUGCAGAUUCAUCCCAGAUCUAGAGGACAACGUUGCCACGGGAUCGUAUAUGUAUACAAGCGCGAUUGAAUCGAUGGUGACGUUUUGCCACAAUGAUGCCGAAGAUUCUAAGUCAAGACACAAUCGCUUAGCUCGAAACAAACAUAACAAACAAUGUUGCUACCAGAGUGUAUGGGAAGUAAUGCUACAACACACCGACUUUGAAGAAGGAGACAAACCAGCUGUCGAUAUCAAUGUGAUGCCGUCGUUCUUGGUUGUGCAAGAAACUGAACUGAGAAUCGUUCUUGUGCUGGAUAUAUCGGGGAGUAUGGAUAGGAACGAUCGAUUUGAGUUAAUGAUACAGGCAAGUACCAAAUAUAUAGGCUACACUGUACCCAGGGGUACAUGGAUUGGUAUCGUAGAAUUCGACAACACGGCUUCUAUUUUGUCUUAUCUUAUACAAAUCGAUGACAUGGAAACUAGACAAGAGUUAAUUGACCUGUUACCUGACGGCACUGGUAGUGGCACUAGCAUCGGGAGUGGUCUGGAAGCUGGGAUCGAAGUAUUAGAAGAAGGUUGGGAGACUCCUGCUGGUGGAAUUCUGUUUUUAAUAACAGAUGGUGAAGAAAAUACUCCACCGUUCAUUGAUGACGUAAUCGAUGAACUUGUUGAAAAAGAAAUUGUAGUUGACACCCUUGCUCUGAGUGACGAAGCCGAUCCUGGUUUGGCCGAACUGUCAGCAGAGACUGGUGGAACGGCUUAUUGGUAUUCAGAAAGUGACGACUCAACAGCACUGCAUGACGCUUUUACGGACACCAUAACUAGCCGAACCAGUUCCAGUACAGACACGCCGGUACAGUUAACCAGUUAUAAGACUAGCAUCGAUGCUGGCGAUAUCCUGAGUGAAUACAUCUACAUCGAUCCUACCAUUGGAAGACACACAGUUUUCUUUAUAUUUUGGGAUUUCAGUGGAAACAUACCCGUGGAUGUUGUCAUUAAGGCUCCGGAUGGCACUAUUAUUGUAGAUGGAGACAGCGGUGAAUACUAUAGAGAUGAUAGCACUCAUACCAUUAUUAUUACAAUUAAUGGUGUUGCCCAGUCUGGACAGUGGACAUAUGAUAUUACAAACACUGAUACAGAUGAUCAAACCGUUGAAGUUUCCAUCGAAUCUAAAUCUGUGGAUUCCAGUUCCUAUCCACUACGUUUGCAAUCUACUGUGGGGAGUGAAUUGAUUACAGAAUCACCACCUCUAGUAGUUAUAUACGCCGAGGUAUUGAGGGGUUAUGAGCAAGUCCUUGGAGCAAAUGUCAUUGCUACAAUUGAGAGACCGAGUCCAUUCCAAUCGAUCGACCUAACACUGUUGGAUAAUGGUGCAGGGUCUGAUAUCACAAAAGACGAUGGAGUAUACUCCGCUUAUUUCAUCGAAUUUGUCGAUGCCAAUUGUGAGCAAGCUUGUCGCUAUGGGAUACAGGUUAACUCAGAUAAUACGGAUGGCGAGGCUUACACCAAAACCACAUCAUCCACCGGAGCUAUGCCGACUGACUAUGGUGCAAUUCCCGUUGAGGGCGACCCUAAUCUAAUUGGGGAUUUUGGUAGAGUGACUUCUGGAGGAUCCUUCCAGGUUGACGAUAGCGUCCACAUUCCUGGUAUAGGUGAUGAUCCCUACCCACCAUCGAGAAUAUCCGAUCUAGAAAGCCCUACAUCGGACUAUGACGAGCAAACCAUAACACUACAUUGGACUGCAGUGGGCGAUGACCUCGACCAAGGAACAGCUCACUACUAUGACCUUAGAUAUUCUACGUCAUUCAGUGAUAUUUUGGAUAAUUUUGAAAAUGCUAUACAGAUCACCAACAAAGACUUGAUCUCCGGCGAUGUAUUGUCUCCAUCACCUUCUGGUUCCUCAGAAAACGUUACAGUUUGGCUUGCAACGAGCGGAACUGGCACAACGUAUUACUUUGGUGUACGUGCAGUGGAUGAAGCAAACAACAAGGGCGAUGUUUCAACGAUAGCUCAGAACACAAUAGUGCCGAUUCCUUCGAGUGGGUUGGCAGGGUGGGAGAUAUUUCUCAUCUGCUUAGCAUGUAUUACUGUUAUAGCCGUAGCUGUUUGUGCCAUCUUAUACAUGUAUUGGCAACACAAAGAGAACACUAAAGUUGGCGUGGCAGACAAGGCAUAA